AGUAAGCAGAUAGAAAAAAUCCGUUGUACAUAACAUCAGUUCUGUUUAAUUUACUUAUUGUUUUGAAAUGUAUCGUAAUCUCCUAAGAGUUUUCCUCUCAUCUGGUACCAGUUUGACGAAAAGGUCAGUGACUACGGUAUCCGUGUCAAGAGAAAUUGUUCCCGUAGAUCUGUCUUACAACACAUACGACAAUAUAUCUAGCCCAACUUUCGGAUCACCUGUGCUAAUUCUUCACGGCCUAUUUGGUUCAAAGUUCAACUGGAACAGUUUAUCCAAGGCAUUUCAUCUUAAGACAAAACCCACUAGAAAGAUCUAUUCGAUAGACGCACGAAACCAUGGAGAAAGUCCACACACAGAUGCGCACUCUUAUGAACACAUGGUCGCUGAUAUGAUAGAACUUCACAAAAAACUCAAUACCGAAAAGGUAUCUUUGAUCGGUCACAGUAUGGGAGGACGGACGGCUAUGUUGUUAGCUUUGAAAUACCCUCACUUGAUUGACCGUGUCGUAAUUGUAGACAUUUCUCCCACUACCGGUCUUGGAAGCAGUAACACCAACAUCCCACUAUUCUUACAAUCUAUGAAACUCAUUCAAAUCCCUGCUAGUCAUUCGAUUCAUGAAGCUCGUAAAAUAGCCGACCAGCAACUGGCUAAGAUAAUUGAAAUUAAGUCGUUAAGAGAUUUUCUUAUCACAAAUUUAGUUAAAUCGGAGGAAGACGGCUCCUUUCGAUGGAGAAUUAAUCUAGAUACGUUGGAACGUGAUUACGAACCAGGCGUUGCAAAGUUUCCCGACGUCGGUGGGGCGCGUUUCGAGGGCCCAACACUGUUCAUCGCUGGAGGACGUUCGGAUUAUAUAGACAAAUCUGAUUACCCUGUUAUAAAAAAGCUGUUCCCGAACUCGGAAGUAAAGGUGAUAGAAGGAGCAGGACACUGGGUGCAUAGUGAAAAAUCGACUGAAUUCGCCAAUCUGGUGUUGAGCUUUUUAAAUGAAUCUUAAUUGUAAAUUUUAAGUGAUAGUUUCAACGACAGAAUCGUGUAUUGGCUCUACCCGCCAAGUUUUUAGCAUUGUAAAUAUAGACUCAGCUUAUGAAAGCAUCGAA